GCCCGUCAAACAGUUCAGCAGUGCCUACGUUGUUUUAGAAUGAAACCGAAAUCUAUGGAGCAAUUUAUGGGAGAACUUCCUGUUGCACGCGUCACAAUUUCUCCACCCUUUUCCAGAACCGGAGUAGACUACUUCGGCCCUGUAUAUAUUCGGCCUGGACCACGCCGAGUAGCAGUCAAGGCAUACGUUUCCCUGUUUAUCUGUUUGGUGACAAAGGCGAUACACUUGGAAUUAGUUUCCGAUUUAUCAACGGAGAAAUUUCUACAGGCGUUACGAAGGUUUAUAGGACGGCGUGCAAUUCCAAGCGACAUUUACUCAGAUAACGGCACAAAUUUUGUAGGUGCCCGCAACCAACUACAGGAAUUGUUCACAAAUCUGCGCAGCAAAACCCACAAUCAACAAGUUUCCAAGGAAUGCUCGGAAAGGGGCAUACAAUGGCAUUUUAAUCCCCCAGCUGCUCCCCAUUUUGGAGGCCUGUGGGAAGCAGCAGUUAAAUCCGCCAAACAGCAUCUGCUUAAGGUGUUAGGACAAAACGCUUUAUCCUUUGAAGAAUUCAACACCCUUCUUAUUCAAAUUGAGGCUUGCCUAAACUCUAGGCCAAUAACUCCGAUGUCAGAGGACCCCAACGAUCUUGAACCACUGACCCCCGGACAUUUUUUAACUGGGAGGUCGUUGCAGCAGCUACCAGUAGUGGACUUAACCGAAUUAUCUACGGGAAGGCUCAAACAGUAUCAAAUAAUACAACAAAAAAUACAAUUCUUCUGGAAACGUUGGCAGAAGGAGUAUCUAUCCCAGCUCCAAGGAAGAUACAAACGAUGGAAGCCUCCAGUACAGAUCUCGGUUGGUCAACUCGUCGUGAUAAAGGAUGAAAAUACCCCACCGAUGCGUUGGCGAUUAGGGCGUAUCCAACAGCUACACCCUGGAGAAGACGGAAUAGUAAGAGUUGCGACGCUCUUAACAUCGAAUGGAAUUUUGAAGAGAGCUGUUGAAAAACUUUGCCUGUUACCAUCAGAUUGUCAACCAGUCAACAGCGAUGAACAAAACAGUUCGGUCAAUUAGAGGAGCUCGGAGACGUCGUCCAGUGUGUUCGGAUGGGAUUUUCUUAUUUCAUUUCAGAAAUUGCGGCAAUUUCAGCGCGGGCGAGGAUGUAUAUUACAACUGGUACCCUAAAAUACAUCUGCGUACCCCCGAUGGUCAAGACGAUGAUGAAGGCAUGAGAGAGAAGAGCGUACACGAUCGACACCGAGAGAUGGGCAACAACAUGGCGAGAGAUGGUCACCGAGCGAUGGGAUACGAGAGACGGGCAGCGAGAGAACCAACACCAGGCAUUACCACCACAGCAGCAACCGAUGGCAACAACAAUACCACCCCCUACCCCCGGGAAACCACCCCAAUAACACCCUAAUCCGACGGCGAUCGGAUCAACCCGGCCUGCUCAAUAGUUCAAUUUGAGCUGGCCCUCCAGUACUGAAUAAGAAAGCACCAAGCAAUCAAGCCACCCAAAUUUUGUACCUUUUAAGAAUGUUUUAUUACGAAAUUAGUAGGAAGUUGAGAACGUGGCCUACAACAUCCAAUCCAUCCUACAACGGAUUCAACCCCAAGGAACCAAGGCGUAGCCCACACCCAACAUUGGUCACCCAGGCAAGGCGUCCGACACCAUACAGUCCACUCCAAUCACCGGAUAUCGA